AUGGGCAUUAGGAUGAACAAGAUGCCCCUGGCCUUGCACUCCCAGAACUGUACUCUGCACCAGUGUCGGCUCAUUUGCAAGAUCUUGAUGGCCUUGAACUCGGUGAGAGGAUGGGAAGCGACAGCAUCAAAGCUCGAGCUGAGCCAGUCAAACUUCACAGCCCUCCUGUCAGCUGCGCACUCCCACGGACAUCAGUGCAAAGUGCAUGUGACGGGGCGCUGGGAGAGGAGGAAGGGAUGGGGUAGAGUAAAGAAAAGAUACGAGGAGGAAGAGGAGGAAGUCGAGAAGCUAAGCGACAAGAGCGAGACACGGGAGCAGGAGAGGGAGAAGCCAUGCAGCCGCUGUUUGAAGCAGGAAGCUGGCGAGACAACAGAGGCAGCUUUAUCCCUCCGACACAAUGAAGAGACCGGCACAAUGGAGGCCCUGCAGAGAGCGGGCCUGCACGGUGCACACCAGGAUUAA